AUGAGCGGACGAGACAAAAAAUACAUCACCGUGUACUACUGCAGAAGAAAUGGCGAAACGGAUCAAGGAAAAGGCAGAAAUAAAAUGCAACAAAUAAACAAGGGAUACGUGACUAUAGAAGUAACUAGGAUGAACCAGAGGAUACAUCCCUAUAGGAAGGGAAAAACCCAGCCUAUUCUGCCAAAGGGCAGUUCGCAAAGCAGCCAACGGAGGGGCCCUUCCAGUAGCAGGGAUAGCGGCAUCGACCGAGUUAGGAAGCGCGGGAGGGAGUUCCUGGCGAGCUCCAUAAAAUCCUUUUUGAAUGAAAAUGCAAAGUGUAGCUGGACGAAAAUAUUACUCGACUUGGUGCAUGACGCAAAAAACAGAAUCAACGAAAAGAUUAACGCUUUCCUUAAAGUGUGCGUUUUAAGUGAAGAUUAUUUCCCCAAUGAGCUGCAGAUAAAUGACGACACGAUAACGAUGAUGAUGGGUGGGGGCCCAAUUGGAUCCGUCAGUUACUUCAACGCAGAACGUGCAAAAAUUCUCCUCGAGUCUGCAUCUGUGUAUGAUAAAAAAUGCAACACUAAGGGGGGGAUUACAACCCAGGGGAGGCUCUCUCGUUCGAGAUGUCUUCCAAUAAAUGGAGACUGCUUCGGACAAGCCAAUGCUUACGGAGUUCAUAACAGCGCGGGGGUAAGGGACAACUACUAUGCUCACAACAUGACCAACUUUAAUAGCUUCAACAAAUCACUUUUUAACCGCAACUUAUGGGGUCAGUCGAGCUUCUUUCCCAUCCGCAACUUGGGCAAUGAUUCGUAUUUACCCCAAAAUUGGGGAACCCCCUACUUGCACACACACGCUGCUGCUUUACACUAUGCUCCUUCGAAAAAACAGACUGUAAAAAACUUGUACAUUUCUGUGGUUAACAAAAAAACCAAUGUGAAGGAGGUGAGGAAGAUUAGCCUGAUGGAAAUUUGCAGCUCCCCCUACUUGUUCCUGUGCCAAGGGUUUCUCUCAGACUUGGAGAGCUACUUGGCUCUGAAUCACUGCCUUUUGUAUCUUAAGAAAAACGAAGCAGAGCUGUCGCAGAUCCACGCGAACUUCUCCUCCGUCAUAGACGUCGAUGAAGUCAACUUCCUUGAAGAAGGUUUAUCAAAAUCCAUCCUCAGACACGCCAUUAGAAGACUCACCACUUUGUUUAAAAUCCCAACUGAUGACAUAAAAACGGUCGAGUUCUGUCUGUACCUAAAAGGCAGCCAACAGAUGGAGACCCUAAAUUUUACCGGACAGAGUAUUUACAGAUAUCUCAUUUUUAUAUUUCUGAGCAGCAAAAAGGGUAACUUUGUGGAGUUCCCCCAGAGUGGGAUAAAACUUAUGACCAUCAUUGGAAACUGCUUGAUAUAUGAAUGUUCCGCGGUGGAGAGUGAUUCCAGGGUGGGGGGUCAUUCGAAGCCAAAAAACAAUGGCUUCAAAUUCGACCUCUCAGAAGAGAAACUCUUUUUCCUAAAAGUUAACCUCAAGGAGAACGUAGAUUUGCACCAAGUGUUAGUAAGAAAAACGGGUCCUGCCUCAACAAUUGGUAAGUCGCUUCCCAGGGCCGCCACAUUUCCAGAAUUGUCCUGCGCAGGCUCCCCUAACGCUACUUAUUCUUAUAAUUAUUCCCCUCCCUAUGGCCAUGCUACCCCCAACCGUGUGAACCUCACUAGCGUCGGCUUUAACCCGGUGAUCAAUCCAUCUUCGUCUGUUCAGCACAACGUGGACAUUAUUAACAAGGAGAUAAUGCAGCUAAACAUGAACAGUAUGCGCAACUUAUACUUAAAGACGAAGACUGCUGAAGAUUAUGCAGCUCCCUUUGUCGUCCCCGUUUCGCAGCACCAAAUGGAGAAUAACUCCCCCCAAAGGUGCUAA